UAUGACAACUUUCGCCGUACGGUGGAGAGGGAGAAAUAGGUGAUGACAAGAAAAAUAAAUAAAUUGGUAUGUGGCUCAAUGUGCAUUGAAGUGCGAUAAUUUCUAAAAGUGCUAAAAUCAGCCUAUUUUAUUGUAUUAAUCCUACCUAAAUCUAUAUACAUCUAAAAUUAAUACAAUUGUAUAACCUAUAUUUGGGAGACUCGAUCAGGGAAGAAUUUGUACUGAAAAUACUGAAAAUUUCUAAAGUAUAUCCCACAAAUCACCUGUGUUUUAAAUUGGUUCGGGAUCGCUCUAAGAGUUUCGGUGACAACAAUUUCUUUAGAAAUUUUCAUUACAAGAUCCCCGGAGAUGAGUUCACAUGCAGAAAUGGGUGACCUUACGAUAUCACCGUCGAACUGUCCAGUCUGUGAUCGCCCGGACAGCGCCGAGGACAUGGUGGCGUGUGAUGGAUGUCAGUCUUGGUACCAUUACAGCUGCGCAGAAGUCGAUGCAAGUGUAGCUGACCAGCCGUGGCAGUGCACGUCUUGCGGCAUUCUAAACCGAACUCCGGUUCCAUCGCAAGCCAUUCGGAAGGCAGACAGCAAGAAAGGCGGGAAGCGUCUCACGGUUCCAGUUAAUACAGGCAAGUCAAACACGUCCGUUGCAAGCAAAGGAGCUUCACGAAAGAGCAAGAAAUCUGCGGCAGGGGAUAAUGUUAGUUUAACGUCUAGUGCUAAGGCUAGGCUAGAACUGGAACUAAAAAUGAUAGACGAGCAGGACUGUAUUAAGGAGCAAGAACUUCAGGCUGAGUUAGAAAUGAAAAAUAAAAAGUUAUUGCUAGCGAAACAGAACAGGGACCGCGAGUUAGCUUUAGAAGCCAAAAGAAUAGCAGAAGAGAAGGCCUUUGAGGAGAAAAAAUUAGAAGAGGAAGAUAAAGGCCGUAAGGCGUUGUUGGAGAUGAGACGACUGUCACUAGAAGCCAAAAAGUGUAUCGUUCGGCAAUUUUCACAACGCGGCAGUGAAGUAUCAAGUGUAAGUGGAAGUGUGGUAACUAAUUCUAAAGAGAAAGUACGAAGUUGGUUGCAAAAAUCAGGCGAGCAGACAGAGGUAGACAAGAAAUCCACGCCAGCAGCAGAAAGCAUCAACAACGUGUUGGAGAAAGCAGAUCAAGACGAAUUCGGAGAAGCCUUUGGAGUAUCAAGAAAAACUCGCACCCACAAUCCAAAUGAAGACGUAGCGUGCGGAGUAGCAAGCGCUGUAGUAGAUAAUCAAGAACAUUACAGUCCAACUAGUAGACAGUUGGCAGCGCGACAGGUAAUGGGAAAGGAUUUGCCAACAUUUUCCGGGAAUCCGGAGGAAUGGCCAAUCUGGAUUAGCAACUUUGAACGAUCGACAGUUACGUGCGGAUUCUCGAUGGAUGAAAACCUAAUCCGGCUUCAGCGCAGCCUCAAGGGACCGGCAAUGGAAACCGUGCGGUGCAGAUUGCUUUCUCCUGCAAGCGUUCCUCACGUCAUCAAAACUUUGCAGAUGCGGUAUGGUCGACCUGAAACGUUGAUAAGGGCACUUACCGAAAAGAUUCAACAGCUACCUCCACCAAAGAUGGAUAAUUUGGAAAGCAUAGUUGACUUCGGUUUAGCGGUGGACAGUUUGGUCGAACAUUUGAAGACCGCGAAGCAACAGGCGCACUUGGCAAAUCCGUCAUUGCUGCACGACCUGGUUGCAAAGCUUCCCGUGGAUUACCGUAUGAAAUGGUCAGCUUACAAAAGCACCAUUCCGAUAGUAAAUCUUGGAACCUUCGGAUCUUUCAUGACAUCGUUGGUAGAACUAGCAUACGAUAUUAUGGAUGACAAACCGAGUACGAAGGCCUCGAAAGCUGAACCGAAGCCCAAAGACCGAAGCUUCAUUCACGCACACGCAGAAACAACUUCGGCUGGAUUGACUUCAAACAAGAGCACAUCAGCCUCUCCGGUAAAAAAGGUCUGUGCUGCCUGCAAGAAAGAAGGACACAAGGUGACGGAAUGUUUCACUUUUAAUGCAAUGAAAGUCGCCGUGUAA